AAGGCGGAACAAAAAAAAAAUUUAAUUUGUGAAGCAAACAAUUAUUUGUAUAUCUAUAUCCCGUGAGAAGAAAAAAGCACAUUAACCAACUUCAUUUGACAAUAGAAUCGUGCUAAUGUUUAGUAGGUUAUCUCCGACAUGACAAAUUUUCAAAACGAACUUGGCGAAUGUGUGUGGGUGAAGCCACAAAAUGCUGGCGGCAAUGAGUUUGCAGUGCCGUUCGGUGCGCGAGUCAUACGCACAGAGAAGACACGCACCCUUGUCGCCAAUGAUGAGGGUAAACAAUUUUGGGUGCCGGCAGAGGAUGUAUUGAAAGCGAUGCACAUCACCUCGCAACAAGGCGUCGAUGAUAUGAUUACAUUGGGCGAUUUGCAGGAGUAUGCGAUCUUAAGGAACCUAGAGAUGCGAUAUGCGAAAAGGCUUAUUUAUACCUACACUGGCUCCAUGCUGAUCGCUAUCAAUCCUUACCAAGCGCUGCCGAUAUACACGAAUCGCGAGAUUGCCCAGUAUCGCGGCAAGAAAAUUAGCGAACUCCCGCCUCAUAUUUUCGCCAUCAGCGACAAUGCCUUCCAGCAGCUGAAGCGUGAUCGCAUGAAUCAGUGCAUUGUGAUAAGCGGCGAGUCGGGUGCUGGCAAGACUGAGAGCACCAAGCUCAUACUGCAGUAUUUGGCCGCUAACAGCGGCAAGCAGUCCUGGAUCGAACAGCAGAUCAUUGAAGCAAAUCCAAUUAUGGAAGCCUUCGGCAAUGCGAAGACAGUGCGUAAUGACAACUCAUCACGUUUCGGCAAAUACAUAGAGAUACGAUUCACGGACGCUGGUAAAAUACAGGGUGCAAAGAUCGAACAAUAUCUGUUAGAAAAGUCGCGCAUCGUAGCGCAAUCGCGUGAUGAGCGCAAUUAUCACAUUUUCUAUUGCAUGUUGGCUGGCUUGAGUAAAGCCGAACUCACACGCUUGGAGUUAUUGGAACAAUCUCCUCUCAAAUACCACUAUUUGGCACAGGGUGGCUGCUAUGAGUUGGAUGGCAGAAAUGAUGCCAAGAAUUUUGCUGACAUACGCGCAGCUAUGAAAGUGCUCUCCUUCAGACCAGAGGAAGUGUGGAGUAUCUACAGUCUAUUGGCUGCCAUCUUACAUCUGGGUAAUAUGUAUUUUAAAGCGACGACGGUACAAAAUAUGGACGCCACUGAGGCAACCGAUGUGGUGAAUUUGCAACGUGUGGCCGCGCUGUUAGGUGUCGCAAAGCAAGCGCUGGCCGCUGCGUUGACACGUAAAACGAUUUUCGUGCACGGUGAGCGUGUGGAGACAUCUCUUUCGCGCGAAAUGACCAUCGAGGGCAGAGAUGCAUUUGUGAAGUCACUGUAUGGCGCGAUCUUCGUACGCAUUGUUCAGCGCAUAAACGCGACAAUCGAUACGAAGGACAAGGCGUCCCAGACGCUGAACACUAUAGGAGUGCUGGACAUAUUCGGUUUCGAAAAUUUCACGAAUAACAGCUUUGAGCAGCUAUGCAUUAACUAUGCAAAUGAGAAUCUGCAACAAUUCUUUGUACGGCAUAUUUUCAAGAUGGAACAAGCAGAAUAUGAACAAGAAAAUAUCAAAUGGCAACACAUCGACUUCCAGGAUAAUCAAGAGAUAUUGGACUUGAUCGGUAUGAAGUCGGUGAAUAUUAUGUCACUCAUAGAUGAAGAGUCAAAAUUUCCUAAAGGCACCGAUUAUACACUGCUGGAGAAGCUUCACGUACAACAUGGCAAUCGCUCGAUUUAUGUAAAACCCAAAUCCAAUCAAUCUGCACUCUUUGGCAUACGCCACUAUGCCGGCGUAGUGAUGUACAACCCGAAUGGAUUUCUGGAGAAAAAUCGUGAUUCGUUCAGCAUGGAUUUGCGUGAAAUGAUUGGGAAAUCUAAAAAUAAAUUUCUCGUCGACAUAUUUCCAAUGGAACUGCCAUAUGAUACAAUGAAGAAACAGUUCACGUUGUCGGUGAAAUUCCGCAAUUCAUUGGACCUGCUCAUGCGCACACUCGCCGCUGCGCAUCCCUUCUUUAUUAGAUGCAUCAAGCCGAAUGAGGAUAAGAAACCAAAUUUUCUCGACCGCGAGCUCUGCGUGCGUCAGUUGCGCUAUUCCGGCAUGAUGGAGACAGCACGUAUACGUCACGCUGGCUAUCCCAUACGUCACACCUACAAAGAUUUCGUCGAACGUUACCGCUUGCUGCAUCGUGGGCUCGGACCCACCCACACACUCAACUGUCGCCAAGUAACCGAACAGAUCUGCAAAAAUUUGCUGCCCGCAUCAGCUGAUUAUCAAUUUGGACGACAUAAGGUUUUUCUGAAAGAUGUAGAUGAUACGUUCUUGGAGAAGGAACGCGCCCAUAAGGUAUUACAAUCGAUCAUAGCCAUACAACGUGGUUUCCGAAAAGUGCUCUUUCGUCGUCAGCUGCAACGCUAUCGCGAAGCGGCGCUCAUCAUACAGAAAGUGUGGCGCAGUCACAAAGAGCGACGAGAUUUUCUCAUCAUGCGCCAAGGUUUCCAUCGACUAGGCGCUUGCAUUGCUCAAAAAAGGCUAACGUCUGCUUUUACAAUGCUGCGCAGUCGCGUCAUACACUUGCAGGCUCACUGUCGCGGUUAUUUGGCGCGUCAGGCGUACAAGCUGCGCCAGAUGGAGCGACAGCGACGUCGGAAAGAAUUGCAAGCAUUCCGUUUAGCAGAAGAAUUAUUAGUGCGGCAGGUAAGAGAGCAUCAGCAAUUGGAAAAGGAGCGACAGGCGCGUCUAAGCGCAAAUGUGGUAACCCAGACAGCGGCGGCAAAAGAAGUGGCGCCUUCCACACGCACAACUGCUCCACCACCCACUACAGCACGAACGCCAAUGAAUGGUGUAACGAAUGGACAGGACGCUGUAAAUGGCAUUGAUGUGAAUUCUAUGAAUAUUAAGAAUACCAUAAAUGGUACGAAUGGUGUAAGUUAUAUGAAUGGCGCGGCGACUGUACCUGUGGGCGGCGUAAUUUUGGCGAAGCAAAAACAGGUGAACGAAGCGCAGACGUCCAGCGACAACUACAUCGAUGUGGAAUCCUCGAAACAGAUAGUAGAUGAUGUUUUUGGUUUUCUCGACGAUGCAGAUGUGAAUGGCCCCGUAAUAUCGAAUGUUAGAGAGAAAUCAUUGAUGUUCGAGCGCGAAUCGCGACUCAAGAAAGAUAUACCUGCUAAAUUACUAUCGCGACCGGUGCGGUAUUAUGACCCGCAAAGUAUGUACUAAACGGGGUUUUAAAUAGGCCAAACAAAGCAAAUAGAGACUAAAGGAGCGAGUGGUGCAAUGGAAGUGGAUAGCAAGAAAGAGUCUAUGAUUAAAAAUUAUCAGAAAUGUUUUGUUUUAAGAAACUUCAAGUUCCAAAAAAUAUGCCAUUGUAGCUAAUAAAAUAACUAAAA